GCUAAACCUCGCUCCCUUUUCAUGACUAUAUAGACGAUAAUUUUGUGCUCGAACUUCACCAAUCACUUGCAGUUCUUCGCUAAAGUCUGUUCAAGUGAUUGGUCCCUCACACUUCCCUCGGUGACGAAAAAGUGAAGUGUGAGGUGCCCCCUCCCCCCUGGUGAACUGCUAAUAUCUAGGCUCUUCUCUAAAAAAGAUCAAAACCAGGCCCUAUGAAAGUCCGAAAGGAUGAAUGUGCGCGGCUGAGUUUGGCUUCACCUCGAAGGUGUUUCGUUUUUGAUGUUUUGCGGUGUCAGGCUAUCAAGGGUGAGGGUUCGAGUGUUGUGAAUUGGGGGGGGAAUUGUUUUUGCUGACUCAAGGAAUGGAAUGUGCGGAAAGUCACGCAUUCGAAUGACGAAAGGGGGAAUAGUCUUUCAUUUUUGCGUGUUGACAGUUCAACUACGGUGGAUCUUCGGCUCUGGUCUCAGAGAUAUAUCGCCAUCAUUAACGUCUUCCCGCUCGCCAGCUGGUCUGGCGCAAUCGUGGCCGUUAGCAGACCAGCUGGCAAAAACUCGUGGCUUUCCAUCAGAAAGUUCCACCACUGUACUCCCUCUUCUCGCCUGCUACUUGUAGCCAGGCAGUGGCGUUCAUUAGACUGUCCACGCCCUCACCCCUUACUUUCGCCGGCCUUGUGCUAGCAAUCAUCUUCGACGAACAAACAUCAAACAUUUAGAGACGGGUGGUUGCCCCACCCAACAUAUCAAUCUUCGGAUUGGUAUCCAGUCGGUGCUCAACUGAGAAGGUUGCACCGCGACAAUUUUUUUUGGUUAUGCUGUAAGUAUGUGUUUAAGAGUGCGGUAGCAUUGUUAA